AUGGAUCCAAUCUUAUACAAUGCAGCCAAAGAGGGAAAUGUUGAUGUCCUGAAGCAAAAAGUUGUUCAACUUGAAGUCCAAGUGACCCCCAACAAAAACACAGUCCUCCACAUCGCAGCUCAGUUCGGCCAAGCACAAUGUGUGAAAGAGAUCUUGAAGUGCGGCCGGUCACUGCUUUGUUCUGUGAAUAUCAAAGAUGAGACUUCACUUCACAUUUCAGCAAGGGAAGGACACACGGCCACAGUACAAGCACUCAUUGAUUUUGCGAAAUCAUUAGAAGAGGACCCUGAAAGCGAGAGUGGAGCCACUAAGGAGAUGCUUAGGAUGAGGAAUGUGGAGAAUGAGACGGCCUUGUACGAGGCGGUGCGAAAUAAUAAAUUUGAUGUGGUUGCCAUUUUGAUUAGAGAAGACCUCAAGUUCUUACAUCCACCCAACAAUGUCAAGGAAACUCCACUUUACUUGGCUGCCGAAAAAGGUUAUCGAUCUAUUGUGUUCAAAAUUUUGGAAAGUAUCACCCCACAAGCUUGCAUUGGUCCAAAUGGACGAACAGCUUUACAUGCGGCUACAAUUUCUUAUGACAAAGAAUGCAUAGAACGUUUACACCGCUCGAAGCCAUCACUAAUCAAGGAAGCUGAUGUAUAUGGAUGGAGUCCACUUCACUAUGCUGCAUGGAAUGGCAAUGUCGUAGCGGUUAAACAACUGCUUGAUCUGGAUAAGUCCGUGGCAUACGUUGUUGCAGAGAAGGAUGACAAUAGGACCGCUCUUCAUAUAGCAGCUAGUCAAGGUCAUAUAAAUGUCAUGAAAGAACUAUUAUCGUGCCAUCCAGAUUGCUACGAAAUGACCAAUAUUAAAGGCCAUAAUAUCCUUCACAUUGCAGUGGUACAUGAGCAGAAGGUGGUAAUCAGAUAUAUCUUAGCAAAUUCCUUCUCCAACAGCCUCAUAAAUCAGAAAGACAAUGAUGGAAACACACCUCUUCAUUUACUUUGUGCUAAAUCCGAUUAUCACAAGUACCGUCUCAAAGAUGACCCUAGAGUGGAUAGAAUGGCCUUCAACAAGAAAAAUUUGACUGCACUAGAAGCAGUAUAUGGUGACACGUAUCCAGACCAGGUACCAGAGGUGGGUUGCAGAAACAAAUUCAAAUUGGGCAACGGAAACGAAGGCCCUAGUGCUCCAUUGAAAAGGUUUAUUAGCAAAAUUUCGGACAACAAUUUGAUAGUAGCUACACUUAUAGCGACGGUAGCCUUUGCAGCUGGUUUCACCCUACCAGGUGGCUACGAUGGCAACGAUGGGGCAAAUCAAGGUAUGGCAGUUUUAAUAAAACAAGUAGCUUUCAAAGUAUUUGUUGUGGCGGAUACCAUUGCUAUGAUCUUGUCCAUUAAAGCUGUAAUUACACACAUAUCUGCCUCCACUUAUGAAGAUGAAGAUAAGCGUGGUAAUGGCUAUGGCAACGCACUUGCAACCAUUAUAUGUGCAAUUGGAGCAAUGGUGGUCGCGUUCAUGACCGGCCUUUAUGUUGUGUUGGGGGAUUCAUUGGUGCUCGCUAUCAGUGUAAUCGUCAUUUGUUGCCUCUUUCUUGUAAAUGCUUUAAGUUGGUUCAUGGAAGCAUACCUUGCAGUAGCUGUUGAGUUUAAAAAUGACCUAAGGAGGUUUACACGCAACGCUGUUGACUUUACACACAACACUAUAGACUUCUUCCUUUGGGGAGGGCGCCAAGCUAUCAUCUUAUUUGUUAUGGGAGUGUGCAUGGUUAUAGGCUUUGCAAUAGCCGUUGCGUUCUUUGGCGGCUUGGGAUAUCUUUUUUAUCUGGCAAUUUUAUUUAAAUUUAACCAUAGAGAAUUUCAUUGGGAUAGUUAG